AUGCGUCUGCGGCGAUGGAAGCUGCUAAGAGACGCCGCGCCCGUGCCGCUGCCAGUCGAUGAGCGUGGCCAUCCAGACUAUGCCUUCGACCUAUGUUUGGUGGACAUUACCUGGGCCGGCGCACGAUUUCGUCAGAUUCAGCAGGGAGGCGUCCGAGAGGAAGAGUUGGAGCCCACCGUGGAGGCCAUUCUCACCGACGCGCUGCGCUGGCUGCAGCGUCGCGGGGGCUGCGGUCUCCAUGCGUUCAUCGGGCACACCGUCGUCCAUGGAGCUCCAGCCACGGAUGGAGCGGCCUAUGCUUUCGACAACUACACGGCGGAGCUUGUCCGUGGUUUGGAGGAGUUCGGCAGCGAGUUCCGAGUUGGACGUGAGCUUCGAAAGCCUGUGGUGAGUCCAUUGGGCUGGCUCGAGAAGGUGGGAUGGACACCGCCCAUUUGGUACCACCUGAUCCUGUGGUAA